AAAAAAAAGUCUGCAUUAAACCACUAAUACGAUACAUUUCGUCAAAGAAGAUGUAGGAAAAUUCUCUGGAAGGAUGCGCCUCGUCUUCUACUCACACUAAUAGUCUAAUAAACCCCUUAAUUCAGCUAAAAUAUCAUCACUUAUCAUCAAUGGCGGAGAUUUCGAUUCUGGGUUUAACAACUCUCGUCGUCUUCUCAUGGGCUGUAUCAAUCUCUAACUCUCUUCCAGAUUAUGGGUCGGACGACAAUAAUGGAAGCUUUUUCACUGUCUCGAGCUUCAGGUACCCAAAAUCCCAAGUCAGGCCCUACGAUACUCGCUACAUCAGAGUUGAUUUACCUCCGUGGUUCUCAUCGUUGAAUUUAGCUAUGGAAUCUGAUGUAGACAUCACUGCGAAGAGCAUAUCGAAGAUUUCGAAAAGUCUUCUUCCUGUAAUAUGCUUCAGAGACGGUAGUCCUCCUCUGCCUGAUGCCUCAGCCAGUGCUCUGGAAGGUUUAGAGCUAGGACGGUUAUUCAAUGGAUCUUUUGAAGGAGCUCAAGAUGUUGAGAUUGCAGAACAGUGUUACCCCAUGCAGAAGAAUAUAUCCUUGAGGCUGACCAAUGAACAGAUAUCUCCUGGAGCUUGGUAUGUUGGUCUUUUCAACGGAAUUGGGGUUACUAGGACUCAGGGGAAGAUGAUUGUUCGCUCCUCGGCGUUUUCGUUUAGUGCCAACAUUAGCGUGGAAGGUUGUAAAACCGCUACCAUGUGGGGACCUUCCUGCAACCAGACUAUCUAUCCGCUUGCAUGUUCUCGGUUCGCUAACCAGACAGGAAGCGUUGUUUCUUGCUCAGAUUCUGUUCCUAGCUCUUGUCUGACCGGUGUUGAGACAAAGACGUAUGCUUUAGAUGUAGAUGGAAUAGCGGAACAGUUAGUAAUCAUGGCAUCCAAUGUGAAAGUAGACUCCAACGAAACGUAUCUCAUGUGUUACGCCCGUUUUGGAGCUAUUGCUACAGAGACUCUACAUGAUUACGCUGGUAACAUACACAAAGUUCCUCUAGUUAUUAACAAACCCAAAGUUGGUCGAUGGUAUAUCGUUGUGAGUUUCCCCGGACGAGAGAAUAGGCUUGUACAGGGCACAGAUUCCAGUUCUAAGGUCUGCUUUUCGAUGAAUGUUAAAGUGUUGGGAUGUCCCGAGGGGAAAGCAGGACUAAAUUGUGGGCAGCAAAUCUACAUGCUUCAGGCAGUUAUGAGGAGAGGAUCGUUGACACCUUUUGAGUCAUACUAUUUUCCGGUCAAUGACGAUUCACCUUCAGGCUCGAGCACAGAUUUCCCCCUCGAACCCAUUUUCAGCAACGUUUCCUCUCUUCCGGAGUUGGACGCAAGCACGUGGACUUAUUUUCUCAUGAACAUCCCUCAAGGAGGUGCUGGUGGGCAUAUCCACUUCAGGUUGACUUCAGAUUCCACGAGACAGUAUGAAGUAUAUCUUAGGUUUGGUGGGCUGCCCACUGUCGAUGACCGGGAUUACUAUUAUGCGAAUCGAACAAGUGCCAGCCGCUCAAUGUUCUUCUCGCUGUAUAACUCUAGCCAAGAAAAAGUUGAUUUCUAUGUCUUGUAUGCUCGAGAAGGAACGUGGUCAUUAGGUUUAAGGCAGCUCAGUGAAUCUACUGCUGUUACUGAUUCUAAAGGUCCACCUACACUUGUGUCUCUCUCUCUUGAAAGAUGCCCGAGAAGGUGUUCGUCUCAUGGGAAUUGCCGAUUUGCUUUUGACGCUAGUGGAUUGACAUCCUACAGCUUUUGUGCUUGUGACCGAACCCAUGGAGGCUUUGACUGUGGCAUUGAAAUUGUAUCACACCAAGGACAUAUCAUUCAGUCUAUUGCUCUCAUCGCAUCGAAUGCAGCAGCUCUUUUGCCGGCUUACUGGGCUCUUCGUCAACGCGAGUAUCCAGAGUGGGUUCUGUUUACAUCUAGCGGAAUCUCGAGCGCUCUGUAUCAUGCAUGCGAUGUAGGCACCUGGUGCGUGUUAACUUACAACGUGUUACAGUUCAUGGAUUUCUGGCUCUCUUUCAUGGCGGUGGUUGGUACCUUUGUGUACUUAUCUACGGCUGAUGAAGCAGUCAAGAGGACCAUACACACAGUUGUUGCCAUUCUCACAGCUUUAUUGGCCCUAACUAAGGCAACUAGGGCGUCGAAUAUCAUCAUUGUAUUAGCAAUCGGGUCACUCGGUCUCCUCAUUGGGUUUUUGGUAGAGUUUGUUACAAAGUAUAGAUCAUAUUGCGGAUCAGCUGGAUUUUCAUUGAACAUGCUCGACAGGCCACGGGCAGUCAAAGAAUGGUUUAGUAACUUAAUCAAGACGCUCGAGAAACGGUUUCGUUGGGGCUUUGUGGUGGCUGGUCUUGUAGCCUUUACGAUGGCAGCCGUUAGUUUCAAAGUGGAAACCAGUUCAAGCUACUGGAUUUGGCACAGUAUUUGGCAUUUCACCAUCUACACAUCUUCAUUCUUCUUCCUCUGUUCGAAGAUUCCAAUUGUAAAUAACGAGAACCAAACUCACCAAGGAGCUGACAACUACGAGUUAACAAGGCAAGACUCUCUACCAAGAAACUAAGAAAAGCAUAAAGAUACGGGACUUUUUACUGAAUUCUUGAAUGUACCUUCUCCUAUAUCUUAUACCAAAGAAGUGUUAAGAGCAGAAUCAGACAUGAUGAUGGGUAAAUAUUCAGGUUUUUUUCUCUCACUUGUAUUCGCUCAACAUGGCAUCCGGACCUCACUGCCAGCUCUUGUGUCUCUGUAAUCUUGUAUGUUUAUAUUCACAUAGUGACAGGAAAAUACCACUCGAGUUGUUGUCCAGUUGCAUCAUUUGUGUUACAGUGAGAGGCUUUAGCAUCUUUGAACAAUCUACUUGACCAAAUAAUCGCUGUGUUCAUAAAUCAUGUUUAUAGCUGCUAGACUGACUACUCACCAAGCCAACUGCAACCUGGAGUUUUCGGAUUAUAGCAAUUUCUCCUCUCUGUUUUACGCGACAGAGCCGCUUGGUUCCAAUGGCCUUCAGAGACGUAAGCGUUUGACAAGAGAGAGUAGUUCACAGGAUUGCUAGGUUCGAUUUCAAGGAGCUUCUUUGCGCCCCAUUUCAUAGAUUCGCUCUUCUCAUGGAUGUUACAUGCUCCUGUGAAAGCUGCCAAAGCAUCUGUGCCUGGUUCUCUAGGCAUCGACUUUAAAACAUGGAAGGCCUCGUCGAUGAAACCAGCUCGACCAAGAAGAUCGAUCAGACAUGCGUAGUGCUCUUCCUCUGGUUCUAUCUUGUAAACCUCAGUCAUUAGUUUGAAGCAACGGAGCCCUUCUUGAACUAGUCCUCCAUGGUUACAAGCAGACAGAACCUGUAAAAAGGUGACCUUGUCUGGGUGAAGUUUCUGCAGCAUACUUUCAAACAUUCUCAAGCUUUCUUCCGCGAAUCCGUGAAAAGCUAGAGCUCCGAUUAGUGAAGUCCAUGACACAAGGUUGGGUUCUCUGAUCGAAUGAAAACAGACGAGUGCUUCGGAUAAAUUUCCAGUCUUGGCGUAAGCAUUUACCAGAGAAUUAGCCACGGACAGAAAAACUGCAGAGCCUUGUUUAGUAACAGUGGCUUGCACUUGCUUAAUCUCUUGAAUCGCUGAGAACUUUGCGCAAGAACUUAAAACACUUGCAAAGGUAAGCUCAUCUGGUUGGAGAUUCUCACGGAGCAUCUGACCAAGAAGCCUCAUAGCUUCUCUUCCCUGUCCGUUUUGUCCAUAACCCACAAUCAUCGCAUUCCAAGACACCACAUUUCUCAUUACCAUCGAUUCAAAACACUCGCUAGCGUCUCUCAUGUGGUUACUCUUGGCAUACAUAUUGACCAAUGCAGUAGCUACUGGAACAUCGAGCUGAAAUGAUAGUUUGAAGACGAUGGCGUGUAUCUGCUUCCCUUGUUCGAUCCCACACGCACUGAGAAGACUCGAGAAAGUGAAACCAUCACCUGUGAAGCUGUUUCUUCCGGAUCCCAUUAGCUUGAGUAAACCAAAGGCUUCAUCGAUCAUACCGUUAAGAACAUAAGCCGAAACUAAAGCGUUCCAUAGCACUAAAUCUCUAUCCAAAGCCGUCUCAAAAACUCGUCUCGCUUCAGGGAUGCAACCACAUUUCCCAUAGAAAUCAACGAGAGUCGUACUUAGAAAGCAAUUUGAAUCGAGACCUUGCUUCAGUAUCAAACUGUGUAAUUGGAUACCAGCUUCUACAUGGAUUGAAUCAGUACACAGCCGUAUCAGCCCGAUGAAUGACACAUGAUCCAAACUCACUUCACUGAGAAGAAUCCGACUCAAGUAACAGAAACCUAGACGAGCUUUUCGCUUGGUGUCGCCGUCUCGGUGAAGAACCCCAUGGAUCAGUAUGUUCCAAGUAACAAUAUUUCUCACAGGCAUUUCGUCGAAGAGCUUAUCUGCAUCAUCAAAUUCUCUGCUUUUCGUGUAAGCUUGCAAGAGCUUGUUUUGAAGGAACAGAGAACUGUAAUCCCCUCGUUUUACCAUGAAGCCAUGAUCUUGUUUCACCUCAAAGAGAUGAACCAAUCUAACAGAUAACUUCGAUGCAGAAGAAAUUGCUACUCGUGAAGAAGAAGAAGAAGAAGAAGAAAGGUUUCGCUUAGUUCGCGA